AUGAGGUGCCCGCUGCUGCCGCGCGCGCUCCUGCUGCCCGCCCUGCUCUCGCUGGCGCUGCUGGGGGUGCGGGUGCAGCAGCGCUUCGCUGGGGAGCCCUUCACCGACGUAUCCGGUGAACCCGGUGUACCUGGUGGACCCGGUGUACUUGGUGUACCCGGUGUGCCUGGUGGACCCGGUGGACCUGAUGUGCCCAGCGCCAUCCACGCCGCGGCAUUCCAAUGGCAGGUGUCUUCGUCAUCGUUGGUCAAUGCCACAGCCAAGCUGCCCCCCACCCGGCACCCGCUGCAGCCCCCCUACCCCUACCCGUACCGCUUCCUCCUCAACGAGCCCCACAAGUGCCGGGAGCGGGCGCCCUUCCUGGUGCUGCUGGUGGUGACGGAGCCGGCGGACACGGCGGGCAGGAACGCCAUCCGGCAGACGUGGGGGAACGAGAGCUCGGUGCCCGGCGUCUCCGUCCUGCGGCUCUUCCUCACCGGCGUGCACCCGGUGUUCGGGCGGCCGCUGCGGCGGGUGCUGGAGGAGGAGAGCGCGCUGCACCGCGACAUCCUCCAGCAGGACUUCCUGGACACCUACCACAACCUGACGCUGAAGACGCUGAUGGGCAUGGAGUGGGUCAGCAGGCACUGCCCCGACGCCGCCUACGUGGUGAAGGCCGACCGCGACAUCUUCCUCAACCUGCCCUACCUGGUGCGGCGGCUCCUGCAGCCCCAGCUGCCCCCCAAGCGCGACUUCAUGACGGGCUACAUCUACCGCGACACGGGGCCGCUGCGCAGCAAGGCCUACAAGUGGUACGUGCCCCGCCAGGUCUACCCCAACGACACCUACCCGCCCUACUGCGGCGGGCCGGCCUACGUCCUCUCCGGGGACCUGGCGGCCAAAGUGUACGCGGUGGCGCAGACCCUGCCGCUCUUCAACAUGGAGGACUCCUUUGUGGGCGUCUGCCUGCACGCGCUGGGCCUCAGCGUCACCAGCAGCCCCUGGGGCGCCUUCAACAUGUACCGCCUGCCCUACGACAAGUGCAGGUUCUCCAAGCUGGUCAUGGUCCACCACUACCAGCCCGAGGAGGUGCUCACGCUCUGGCCCCACUUCCAGGGGGCCAACGUGACGUGUCCCCCCUAG